AAUCUCAAGAGUGUUUCUUAAAUCCUAUUGGAUAAAAGAAGAAAGAGAGAGAGAGAGAGAAAGAGAGAAAGGGAAAAUAAUCGAAGAAUCGGAACAAUACGAAAUGCCAAUACCAAAAAAAAACUAAAAAAAAACUAAGGAGAAGGCCAAUGGCGGAACAACGAAACGAGCAUGGCUGUUGUUGAGUGGGUGUGUGAGAUAGAGUGGGGAAAGGAGAGUUAAAUGGUAUAUCGCCAGGGGGUGUCAAGGGUCGAGCGACGGUCCUGGAAUUGCUCGAAGCUCGCAGUUGUAUUCAGGCAGUAGUCGCCUAGUAAGUCGGAGCGUUUUUUUUCAAAGGAACACGUUGCAAAGGAAUAUACAAGAGAAGGAACGCGAUAUAUAAUAUAAUAGAUAAAGAAGAAAGAUAGCGUGAAUCUCAGCGUGUUUAUAAGCGUUAGAGAAUUACGAAGAGGUUACCAUCCACCGAAAGAGAAAGAGAAGAGAGAGAGAGAAAGAGUGGGAGAGAGAGAGAAAGAGAGAAAGAAAGAAAGAGAGAGAUAAAGAUAGAGAAAAAAGAGAGAGAGAGAGAGAAAGAAAGAUAGAAAGAACUUAUUCGAGCUGCAUAAAAAUUUGCGUUUCUCGUGGCAAAUAAAAAUCCGAUAUAAGUUUUUCGUAGUAAAAGUUAUCUAGAAAGGAGUCACGGUGAUAGUGAGCAACACGCCCUGAUCGGAUACGAGCGACGAGUGCUCGUUGAGAGUAUAUAAAAAAAAAAGAAGUUGAGAAAGAGGAGAACGACGACAUUCUUGCGACGGUUCACGAUCGUUGAGGAAGAAAGAAGUACUAACAUUCUACGAGACAUAACGACGAAGCUGGUGUACCCUUCGUUAGGGCAAUCCAUCUGUCUCGACGCUCAACGUCGCUGCGACUCAUAUUUUCACGCUAGAAGGCGGCCGUCCAGCAGGGCGAUACCAUUUUAUAUGACUUUUCUUCGACGACAAGAAACAUCCAGGAUAUCAUCCAGAGAGAAAGGAUCGGUGUACAGGAAAGGCGGCGGUAGUAGGACAUCGUCCAAACGGUUUACAAACGGCAGCACCAUCUCGUUCGUUCGGUGCAAUCCUUUGGUAGGAUCAAGCGGUGAAUCGAUCGCACCAACCUGGUUCCCAGGGAUUCUUAGAGGCACGAGAAACGGACAGGCAGCGUGUAUGAUCAUUGAAGAAUAUCCCCCUCUGCCCAUCAAACCGAGGCAAAAUCCGCAUCAAGAUAUCACCCAACGAUUUUUAAAUCAUCUGGUCCUGCCUAAACACAGGACCUCAAAAUUUUCCAGUAAUAGGCAUCGGAAGCUACAACCGUUCAGAGAAACGUGACUAUUGUCAGCGGGUAGAGCGGCAUACCUUACCGCGGACAACGAAAACCAUCCUGACUCGACACGUUACGAGCUACCAUCGGGUAGCAAUUGCUUGGCAACGUCGCUACACAGCAAUCAAACUGCCGCUGGGAAACGUGAGAAGGAGGAGAUCUAGAAGAACAAGGACGAAGACGUUACCCACUUGAACUUGAAAAGAGGGGCUAAAAGAUUAAAGAUAAUCCAUCCGAGAGCGAUUCUAAAAAGGGGCCGUUUGAACGAUCAAGCUUUGUAGAUCAAGCUUUUAUCACGAUUCACCGUAACGUAUUCACAACGACGGCUCAUAGGAGGUUACUUCCAUUGGGGAGGUUUCUGAAGCUUUUACUGCACAGGAAAACAGAACAUCUAUCAGAAUGGGGAGCGUUAACGUUAAUCG